UCCUUGGCCGCAGUUAGGCGGUGCUCAGAGACGACGGUGACGGGCGCAUGUAACGAUGCAGCGAGCAGAGCCGGGGCUAGGGGCUCCCGGCGGAGUCCCCGCGCAGGCUGCCGGUCGCACAAGCCCCGCAGGGUGCCACCCACACGGGGCGAUGCGCUGUGCUCAUGCUGCGGGCGGCCAAGCCCUUCCGCUGCCCAGGAGGCCGGGGACCGCGCCAAGCCCUGCGGCCGGCGGGGCGUAUCAGCGGGCCGGAGCCAGCGCUCCCCGGGGCAGGCACGGGGGGCGCCGCAGGGGUCACACUCAGGUGCGUCUCGCCUACAAAUCCCAGACACCUCCGCUCGCGGUCGGUCCCGCCGCCACCCCCCGGCGGGGAGCGGCUGCCGAGCAGAGCCGCGCCCGGGGAGGCAGCGCUCGCAGGUGCAGGUGCGGGGCAUGGCCGAGCCGGAGCCGGAGCCGAGCCGGGCGGCCCUGCUGGGCUUCCUGCGGGAGCGCGGCGGGCAGGUGCGGAGCGCGGAGCUGCGGGGCCGCUUCAAGCCGCUGCUGGAGGCCGGCGAGCCCGGCGAGCGAGCCGCCCGCCGCGAGCGCUUCACGGCGCUGGUGAACAGCGUGGCCGUGGUGAAGGAGCUGGACGGGGCCAAGUUCGUGGUGCUGCGGAAGAAGCUCCGAGCCCAGCCCGGGGGGGAGCCGGGCGAGGGGGCGCAGCCCCCCGAGGCGCCUGCGGAGGGCGCUGGGCAGAGCGGGGCAGGCGGGCAGGGGCGCGCCCCCGAGCCGCCCCCUGAGGAGAGCCGGCCCCCGAAGCCUGUGUCCGAGCUGAGGGGCCUGUUCCAGAGCCAGGACGGCGAGACGCCUGGGCCCCCCCCGGGGGUGGCCGGGCCCCCCAGGAGAGAGGCCCCCCAGAAGCCCUGCAUGUUGCCAGUGCGCUGCCCGCAGCCAGCUAGAGGGGCUGAGGAGCUGCCAAGGCAGCAGGAGCAGCUUGAGGACACAGCCAGGCUGCAAGUGGGGACCCUGCUGGCCCUCCCUGAGCCGGCCUCCCCCAGAUCCCCGCACAUGAAGAGGAGGCAGGUGGACGAGGCGGGUGCCAGGUCGCCCCACCUGCGAAGGGUGUCAAAGACUCAGAAGGUGAGCGAAGAAACCGGCUACACUGCUGCUGUUCCCCUGGAAUCUCUGGAGCACGAAUGGCUGGUGAAAGCCACCGCCGGCCAGUGGUCCCAGCGGCUUCAUGGCCUCUUACUGACCGAUGCCAAUCUGGCAGGGAAAAGGGACUUCAUGUCCGGGUUCACAGCUCUGCACUGGGCAGCUAAGAGUGGGAACUGUGACAUGGUGGGGAAGAUCAUUGAGGUGGCCAAGAAAGGUGGCACUGAAAUCGAUGUGAAUGCCAAGUCCUACGGAGGUUACACUCCCCUCCACAUCGCUGCCAUACAUGGCCGAGAAGAUGUCAUUACCACAUUGGUCAAGACAUACAAUGUCAAGGUUAAUCUGAGAGACUACAGUGGGAAAAAGCCACACCACUACUUAAAGGAAGGGUCCUCUUAUGCCGUCAGGCAUCUGCUGGGUGAUCCCGACCUUCACAACAGUAUCGGACAUGCCUUUCCAAUCAAGAAAAACCCAAAAAUUGCUGCUUCCAUCUUGAGCUCCACCAGCACCUUCCUUGGAGUCUUAUCUGAUGACAUGCCCUUCUAUGAUCUAAGCAGGGGUUUGAAGAAGACUUCUUCCUUAAAUAAGCUCCUUAAUGCAUCUGCAGGCUCAAGGAAGAAGCCUAAGACUAGGGGGACUUUCCCAUCUUACUCUUCUCUUGUCGAAGCAGUGGAAGAAGAGCAGGAGGAGGAGGCCACAGUGAAACAAAGACCAGUUUCUGAGCUGUUCUUCAGUCACUAGUCUCUGUCUUCUUGAAAUCAAAGUAAUGCAAAUAAUGUAUAGAAGUUUUCUUGGGCCCAGAUCCUCAUGGAUAUUUAGGCUCCUAACUCCCACAGAAAUCAAUGAGUUAGGUGCCUAAAUACCUUUGAGGAUCUAGGCCCUGGUCGUCUUUCACAAAAGCAGUCUGUUUCUCCUCCCUCCACCCCCCCAACUCCCCUCCCCAAGCUGUUUAACGGUCAAGUAUAUAGGGUCUGAUUUCAAAACUCAUUGAAGUCAAUGGCAGUCUUUCCAUUGAUUUCAACAAAGCUGGAUCAGAUUCUCUUAAAAAUACUGUACCCACCGAUGUACUGAUGUGUUAAUUUAAUCCACAAAGACUCCCUAACUCUAUGCUUAAUGGCUGCAAUAUUUAAAAAAAAUACUGUGUGGACAGGUUACAAUGCUUAACAUACAAUCGUCUUAAUCUACAAAUUCCUCCAGUGAGUUUGUAAUUCUUUGAGGUGGAAAGUAGGACUAGGAUAAGGGAUUGUUGCACAUUUUAUUUACACCUUGAUUUUAAGAUUGAUCAAACCUACUGUACUUUAAAAUGGCUUUUUAUCCUCCAGGUUUAAAUAACAAGUUAAAUAAUAAAGAAGAUGGAUAAUUCUGUAUGACAUUUCCAAUUAAUUUGGUAACCAAUAGAUAAUGACAAAGAAAAUCUGUUUU